AUGACCAACCCCGAAGAGUUUAAGGAGAAAUUCUACAACAAUCUGAGAGAGGUGCUGUGGAGAGUUCCUUGUACUGAUAAACUGAUAAGAGCCGCUGACUUCGAUGCCAGGGUUGGAAAGGUGGACAAAUGGCCAUGUGUGAUUAGCCCACGUGGAGUUAGCAAGUGCAACUCAAACAGUGAACUCCCUCUGGGUCUUUCCUGGGAACACAACUUGGUCAUCGCAAACACUAUCUUCAAGCACAAGAAACAUCACAAGACCACAUGGAUGCAACCCCGCUAUAAACAUUGGCACCUUUUAGAUUAUAUGACAGUAAGGCAGGUGGACCAAAAUGACAUCUUGAACACAAGACCCAUGAGCGGCGCUGACUGUUUAACUAACCAUGUUUUGUUAAGAUCCACUGUUGCCUUCUCCAUCAGUAAAAACAUUCCAAAACUGCUGCCAAAGCACCCUGCAAGAUUGAUGUAA